ACCUUUAAACUUGUCAUGCAGCGACUGACACUCAUUACCAAUGUUGUCAUUUUUGGUGGAGUAAUUAGUCUGUACUACGUGUCCAUAAUCGAGAUGAUUUCUGUGGAACUUCCGGUGUCUAAAACCUUACCUCUGUUCGACCUGACUAAUUUGGCCGUGAAAAGAAACCACGAUGAAUUUAGAACAAUAUUUGGAUCGAGGGUGAUCGUUUUUAUUGAAACCUCAGGCUCUGGCAGAUUGAGCUCUAGGCAGAUGUGUGCCGUCGAAUCGGCCGCGAAAAGCAACCCUGACGCACAAGUGGUGCUCGUCGUCACAUACCCAGUGCUCGUUAUCAGCUUGGAAAAUAACCCAGCCCUGAGGCUCGUCCUUGGCUUUUACAACAACAUCAACGUCGUCACCCUUAAUGCAACAAAGGUGCUUCUUUCGUCAGAUUUUAAAAUUGUGAUGGAGACAAAAUUCAAGCACUCACAACAUCCAAUAAUCUUCACGAGUGACUUUCUUCGAGUGUGGCUCGUCCUGACUUUCGGCGGCGUCUACUUUGACCUUGACUUCGUCAUCUUCAAGGACUUGACCGCCCUUUUUGAGAAGAGCUUUGUCGUGCACACGCCGAGCGCCGGCCGAAUCUCCAACUGUGCCUUUGGCUUCAGACGAGAACACCCAUUUCUUCAGGAAAUUGUCACCACUUCUGCAAGGGACUUUGACCCGACGGUCUACGCAUCCGGUCCGUUCGCCUUCAGCAAUGCGGUGUCCCGGUUCUUCGGCGUGUCGGCGGACACCGCCGUUACUCUCGGCCAGAUGGAGGACGUGUGCAUUUUGAAUCAAACGCAACUGACGCCAAUCGACUACACUGCCUUCAAAGUGUUUUUCGCUGAGGGUGCGGAUGUCGACUGGAUCGGCGAGGGCUACGGAGUCCAUACGUGGAACCAACUGAGCAAAAACCGCGGAGAUCCAAAAUUGGCACACAAUUCUACCGCGCUCUACGCUAAUCUGGCCCGGAGAUUUUGUCCCACGGCGUUUGGAAGUAGCGAUCCGUUUUAGAUACUUUAUUCAGUAAAUGUAAAAUAAACUAUUUUUGUUUGUUUUUUAUAAUAUGUAGGGCAAUAAAAAAAAAUAUGCAGCGCGGGAAGAGUUGAAUUAAAAAUGAAAAGGUUUGUGAUAAAAUAUGUUCAGUAAAAUUUUCUCAAAAGAAGACACGAUUAAAUUAAAAUGAGCAGGUUUUACGCGGCGUUUUUCCUGUGCUCAAAUCUCAAAUCAAUCACAAUAUGCCGUUUUUUUGUUCGUUUACAGUCAAAAUAAAAUCUAUUCUUAAAAUAAUGUUUUCAAU